UCUGACUGUGAGAUGGGUGUUUGCUCUGCUGCGUUGCGCCCCGGAUCCUCAUCAGGAUAAAAACCCAAACAAACGCCGGAGUAGAGGGAUGGACCCCGCAGGUGAAGAUUGGAUUAAGAGAGAAAAUGAAGAGGAAAUUCCCCAACGAAUGAAUCCUCUGCCGGUGGAUCCCAAACAACCGCUUGAGAUGUUGUCAGAGGAGAGCGAAGAUUUCCUGGAUUCUGAGCAGCCAGAAUCCCACAAGGGGGAUCUGGAACCCCACGGGGAUACGUUCGCAGGGGACAUCUGUUUCAACUAUGAAGAUGGCCCUCCCAGAAUCCACCCGAACGACAGGCCGUUCAAGUGUGACGUCUGCGACAAAAGCUUCCGCCACAGUUCCAGCCUUUUGACCCACCGGCGGCUCCAUACGGGGGAGAAGCCGUACAAGUGCACCGAUUGUGGGAAAAGCUUCAACACCAGCUCGGCGCUCAUCGUGCACCGCCGGACCCACACUGGGGAGAAGUCCUAUGUCUGCUCGGAUUGCGGCCGGUGCUUCAGCGAAGGUUCGGUGCUCAUCAAGCACUGGCGGAUCCACACGGGGGAGAAGCCGUACAAGUGCUCCAUCUGCGGCCGGGGCUUCCGGCAGAGCUCGCAGCUCCGAGCCCACGAGCGGACCCACACGGGCGAGAAGCCCUACGAGUGCCAGGACUGCGGGAAAUGCUUCAGCACCAGCUCCAACCUCUCAGCCCACCAGCGGACCCACACGGGCGAGAAGCCCUACAUCUGCACUGAGUGCGACCGGCGGUUCGGUCACAAGUCGCACCUCAUCUCCCACCAGAAGACGCACACCGAGAAGCUCCACGCGUGUCCCGACUGCCCGGCCAGCUUCCGCAUGAUCCACCAGCUCCUGGUGCACCGCAAAUCCCACCAGGAAGACCGGCGCUACAAAUGCCUGCUGUGCGGGAAGACUUUCAGCUACAGCUCCGCCCUGCUGGCCCACCAGCGCAUGCACACGGGAGACCGGCCGUUCAAGUGCCUUGAGUGUGGCAGGAGCUUCAUCCGGAACUCGGACUUGAACAAGCACCAGCGGAUCCACACGGGCGAGAAGCCCUACGAGUGCCCCGAGUGCGGGAAGCGGUUUAACCAGAGCUCGCACCUGGUUAGCCAUCGGAGAGUCCACUUCAAAGGCACCACGAAAAGCCCCGGCACCAAUGCAAGUGCCCCAAGAGAGCAGGAAAUAGAGUCUUCCUGAAGAUCCUCCUUGUAACACCCCUCUGCUGAGAGCUGUUUCUGUGAUGAUAAAUUUUCAGGCUGCAGUCCUGUGCACACUUACCGGGGUGGGGGGAUCCCAUUUGACAUGGUGGGAGCUACUUCUGAGUAAACUUGCAUAGCAUUGCACUGAAGUACAAAGAGGACUGUUUUAUUCCACGCUUCCCGACAAAACUCUGCUCCAAGGAGGUACAGAUUCUUCAUCAAGAAAAGUCGAGUUCUGUGGCCUGGAUGCCUUAUGCACAUUAAGCAAAUUUACGUAUAUUUGAAUAUUUUGUUCCGCUUCUGCAGGUGACAGGAAAGGGCAAAGAGGGAUGCAAGGUGCUGGGAAUGCCUGCUGGUGGAAGAUCCUGCUCAGCCUUUCUCUGGCUCCUGAGAUUUUCCCAGGCAUUGUCUCCAUGUUUUCAAGGCCACAGCUAGACCUAAGGGUUAUCCUGGGAUCAUCCAGGGUUCGCCCCUGCCUGAGCACUGGAUCCCCUUUGUGUCACCUAGAUGAACAGGUUUGACCCCUGGAUGAUCCAGGGAUAAAUCGUAGGUCUAGCUAUGGCCCAAGUCUAUUUUUGUUGCCAUGAGGGCUAGAAAACUGGGUUGUACUUUUUUAAAUUAGAAGUGAGAUUCUUGAGAUAACUGAAAUCUGUGCUCACUACCACACGACCUUGUAUGUGUGUAGAAUACACAUUUAAAGCAAUGAGGCAAAACAGUGUGUCUUGAUCAGGCUUGUUAAGUUUUCCUCUUAUUUUUUAAAUAUGAAAGAAACCUGGCCAAUAAGACAAGCUGAUCAAAGUGAAGUUUAAAGGUGAGAGAAAUUUCUUGGAGGGAGGAAGGAGGGAAGCCAGGAAGCCUUAAUGAUAUCCUCAUUGAAGGUACAGAGAAACAAAGGGGCAGGUUAAACUGGAAUAGCUUAUUUUCCGUGGGUCUUGUUUGUAUGCACUUCCAGCGAUUUUGCUUUCAAAAUGAAUCGAGCUCGAGCCAGCUUUUAAUAACCACAUUCCAUUAAAGUUUUUUCCUGUAUCUUAAUAAAGCAUUAGAGAUUAAGAAUAGUCUUAACCAGGAAGAGCAGCUGUAUUUUUAAAAGAAAUAAAUGCAUAUCUACGUUUUAUAAGUCAGUCAUAAAAUAAAAUGAAGGGAUUAGUUGGAUGAUGGAAACUUACUGUUGCCUCUCUCCACCCCUGUGCUCUUCCCAAGAGAUGAUGGUUAUUGAAGAAUAUGGCCAUCAAUUUAUCAUUCCUGUAGAAUAUACUAAUGUGCAUAUAUAAUGUCUUUUUAUAUAAUCCUUUAUCAGGCACUUACUGAUAUUUCACUAUCGCCAAGGCAAAUGCAGAAUAAAUAACUGAGCAUCAAAGACUGCAAUCCAUUUCUCUUUUUUAAAAAAAAUAAUUUUAAGUUACAUCAUGGGAAUUUUGCCAUUGGCAGGGGUGGGCAAUUUGUGGCCCUCCAGCUGUUUUGGCCUACGACACCCAGCAUGCCUCACCAUUGACUAUGCUGGCUAGGGCUGAUGGAAGUUGUAGGCCAAACAUCUGGAAGGCCUCAAGUUGACCACCUCUGCUUGAGCUUGAUGUAGGUUGCAGCCCAAAUUACUAAUCCAUAUUCCUAAUUUUGACAUUUGGGUGACUUUAUUUUGAGGUAGAGGGUAUGUGUGUGUGUGCUGCGACUAAAACUAAGUGCUUCUGGAACUUGGAUACCGAAUU